CUCUGAGGAUCUAACCUGGGCCCAUCAUAUCAAUACAGCUACAGAGCAGGCAUGACAGCGGCUACAUUUCAUUGAGUUUGAGGAGAUUUGGUUUGUCAGCUAAAGGACUUGAAAACUUCUACAGGUGUGCUAUAGAGAGCAUUCUGACUGGCUACAUCACCGUCUGGUAUAGGGAGGCGGGUGCAGCUACUGUACAGGAUCGAAGUAAGCUGCAGAGAGUUGUAAACUCAGUCAGCUCCAUCACGGGUACUGGUCUCCGUAGUAUCCAGGACAUCUUCAAGGAGCGAUGCCUCAGAAAGGUGGCGUCCAUCAUUACAGAACCCACCAACCAGGACAUGCCCUCUUCCCGAUGGUAGCAAUGAGGAGGAGUCGAGGACCAUGUCAGUAGACCUGCAGGGAGACACCUCGCUCCAGGUUGAGAUCUCGGAUGCUGUCAGCGAGAGGGACAAAGUGAAGUUCACCGUCCACACCAAGACGAACCUCCCCCACUUCAAGCAGCCGGAGUUCUCUGUGGUUCGACAGCACGAAGAGUUCAUUUGGCUCCACGAUGCCUAUCUGGAGAACGAGGACUACGCUGGGAUCAUUAUCCCGCCCGCGCCCCCGAGGCCCAACUUCGACGCGUCGAGAGAGAAGCUGCAGAAGCUUGGCGAGGGCGACGGCUCUAUGACCCGCGAGGAGUUUGCCAAGAUGAAGCAGGAGCUGGAGUCCGAGUACUUGGCCAUCUUCAAGAAGACGGUGGCCAUGCACGAGGUCUUCCUGCAGCGGCUGGCUGGUCACCCUGUGCUCAGAAAGGAUCACAACUUCUACGUAUUUCUGGAGUACGAUCAGGAUCUAAGCGUCCGCGGGAAGAACAAGAAGGAGAUCCUGGGCGGGUUUCUGAAAAACAUUGUGAAGAGCGCCGAUGAGGCGCUGAUCACCGGCAUCUCUGGCAUCAAGGAAGUGGAUGAAUUCUUUGAGCACGAGAGAACCUUUCUGAUUGAGUAUCACAAUCGGGUCAAGGAUGCCACCCUGAAAGCAGACCGCAAGACACGAUCUCACAAAAACGUGGCUGAAGACUACAUUCCAAUCUCCUCCUCGCUGUCCAGUUUGGGAACCUUGGACGCAAGCCCCCUCAGCAAGAAUCUACUCAAGCUAGCUGAGCUUUUCGAGAAACUCCGGAAAUUAGAGGGGCGAGUGGCGUCGGAUGAAGACUUGAAGCUGUCUGACUUGUUGCGGUACUACACGAGAGAUUCGCAGGCAGCCAAGGACCUCCUGUACCGGCGAGCGCGCUCCCUAUCCGAUUACGAGAACGCUAACAAAGCCCUGGACCGGGCCCGCAUGAAAAACAAGGACGUGAAGCAGGCCGAAGCCAGCCAGCAGCUCUCCUGUCAGAGGUUCGAGAAGCUCUCUGAGUCAGCCAAACAAGAACUCACAGACUUCAAAGUUCGCAGAGUCUCCGCCUUCCGAAAAAACAUGAUCGAGAUGACCGAACUGCAGCUGAAACACGCCAAGGCCAACCUGCUGCUCCUGAGAAAUUGCCUGAGCACGUUGCGAGAAGAACAGUAGUUAAUUGUUUCCACGUGUGUGUGUGUGUGUGUGUGUGUGUGUGUGUGUGUGUGUGUGUGUGUGUGUGUGUGUGUGUGUGUGUGUAUGUUGAGGUGCGGUCCCCCGCUCUGUUCAACAUCAUGUUCCCAUUGUUUUUGGGGCUGGGGCGGUGGAAUGUCAGCACUCCUGCUUGCUGUCAGUUCCCCCCCCCCCCCAUUUUUAAAAAAACAAUUUUGUCUCGAGUCUUAAGCACCCCACAAUUUGGCGACAGGCUCAGCGGACAGCAAGAGUUCUGACCGUUCUCCCACCGAUUAAGGGUGCACACGUUCUCACUCCUGCCCAGCCCCGGAGGAUCUGUACAGGGUGGACGGGGAAGCCUGUCGGAAGUUCGCAACCACUCGACCUCUCACUGCAGAUAGAUCCCCUCCUCUGUUGUAACCUUCACCCACCCCCCCAACUACAGUUGACUCUGAGCUCUCCCAGUGUUGACUCCGUGCAGUACUGACUGAUCCCCCUGCCUGACUUGACACUUCCCUCUAUGAAUUUCGGGCCCCCCCCUCAAUUUGAUUCUACCCCCUGAAGAUGACCCUCAGAGGUCUGCUUGCGAUCUUAAAACCCAAUUGCAAGAAGACGCCUUGCAAUCACCAGCUCUCCAGGGCUAGUUAAAUACAAACAAACCACUGGUUAUACUCAGCGGGACAGGCAGCAUCUGUGGGGGAAAGUGGUUCACUAGCACUUGAAGGUCUUCGACCUGAAAUAUUAAUUCCCUUCCGCUGCUCUGCCUAUACUUGUUAUUUAUAAAUGCAUCUAUACCUGAUGCAAGAAUGCCACGAUACAGGAGAGAAAAUGGUCACUUAACUGCCCGUCGUGAGCCUGGACCCCCCCCUCCCCCCGCACUUUGCAGGUCAACGUUCUUGCCCGUCCUCUGUCCUAACCCUGCCGCAGGUUUGUCUGGCACACUGGUGUAGAGCAAGUUUUCCCCUGUCUGACUUGUGCUGUCCUUGCCCAGGGAGUGUUUGAAGUGCCAAUGUGUUCUUCGUCUUUGGUCCCAUCAAUCCCUUACGCUUUUUUUUUAAAAAAACAACAGAUCGGGGACCAAAACGCCCGCCGCCCUUGUCAAGAGACCUUGCUCCUUGCAGGUGUGGCCGUUUGGAGUGCCUAGUUAUCUCUGUUGUUGGAGUCAGUCGUACUUGAGGUAAAGCUCGGGCUGUUGUAUAAAAGGCAGCAAGAGUUCAGCUUGGCUGCUUCCACGCAAAAUUUUUGUUUUGUCCUAAUGGGUAAAUGUUUAAAUUCUUCAUCUUGGGCAAUUCUUCACCCAGCUCCCAAUCAGUUUAACCCUCUGAUUUCUAAAUAAAACGUGGCUGAAUUUCAUUUGCGUGCGUUGAUUCUCCCACGUGUUUCGGAGCGUCUUGCCAGCUGGCCAGGGGUCUGUCGUUCUG